AUGUUCCCAUCGUUGAAGUUAGAGACAAGAAAGAGGAAGCAAGCUAUCGCGAAUGGAAACCUACCUGUUAUUACAGUACGGAAACAAGUAGCAAUGAAACCUGGCUUUGCAGGAUCUCUAUCAAGUAGUACUUCUACUUCCGAUACUCAACCAGUCCUUCCUCAGCCUCGAAAAGUAAUCCGAGUUAUUCACAAGUCAAAUGUUAUAAAACCAGCAAAUGAUGCCCGUCCUAUGCAAGCUGCAACAGCAACGGUUACUGUAGCUCGACCUAUCAAUUUGAUGGAUAUAAUGGGGGAGAUGUCGAAUGCUGCAUCUACGUCUACGGCAGUUCAUAAAACGAUGGACGUGAACAACAGCAGAACCAUCGAUGUUAAUCCUGCGAUGGCAUCGACAUCGUUUGCGAUACCAGUGUUAACUAACCAGAAGGUUGAGAAUGACAGCGAAGAGUGCUCAGGAGAUCAUGAUGAUUCUACGAAAGAUCCAAGUUGUCAGAAAUGUAUAUCUCAACUUCCAGCCAUCAGAAAAAGCUUAGUUCGACUAGAAUCACGUUUGGACACUAUGUUAACAAUGGCUCGAACAUUACUUGCACGUGCUCACACCAACCAAAAUCAAUUUGGUCAACGGCCCGUUUAUACAAUCAAUACGAAAACAAGGGUUCUUUUCCCUCCUCCUACUCCUACUGAUAGUAUUCCGACCGUUAGUAAUGUUAAAAUUGUCAAAAAGAUCUCUGAUUUAACGGGUGGAAGAAAGCCAUCGUGGCCUGCUCCAAAGAAGUUGAUAUGA